UCACUCUGGACCAGGGAACGGGACGGACGAGAGAGACUGAAAACCCGGCGGACAGUGGAUUGAAACCCACGGACAGACAACCUGUGCGUGUGCCCGUGCCCUGCUCCCACUGCCUGGGCUGUUCUGACUGGAUGUGGACUCAAGUCAUUUCUCGGAUAUGAAGGAUUUAUCUAGUCUAUGUUAGAAGGAGGAGGCAAAGAAAACGCACGCGUCUCCUCUCUCUCUCUCUCUCUCUCUCUCUCUCUCUCUCUCUCUCUCUCUCUCUCUCUCUCCCCCUCUCUCUCUCCCUCUCUCUCUCCUCUCUUUCGUUUUGUGGAUGUGAAGCAGCAUGCGGCCCGGUGAGAGCUUAGAGGGCUCGCGCUCGGCUCGCGGAAGAUGUAUUGAUGCCAAUAAAAUUACUAAUAGCGGCACGGAACGCUGUCUCGCGCAGCCCUCGUCGGCAAAAAGGAGUAUGAAGAAGAGGGGGACGACGACGGAGAGGAGGAUGAUGAUGAGAGGGAUGAACCGGAGGAUGACAGACGGAGGAAUGACGGUGAUGCGCUGUUUUCUGUGGAGUCUCGUUCUCUGCUCGCUCUCCUCGCGCGCGCAAGGUUUCAUCUACACAUGUGGCGGUACGCUGAAAGGCCGGAACGGCAGUAUAGAAUCACCGGGCUUUCCCUAUGGCUAUCCUAACGGGGCCAACUGUACCUGGGUCAUCGUCGGUGAGGAGGGAAGCAGGAUCCAGCUCAUCUUCUUAUCAUUUGCUAUAGAAGAAGAGUACGAUUUCUUGUCCUUGUAUGAUGGACACCCACACCCUGCCAACUUCAGAACCAGACUAACUGGGUUCCAGGUUCCUCCCCCUGUCACCAGUACAGGACACGUCUUCUCUCUGAGGUUGACCAGUGACUUCGCUGUUUCUGCACAUGGAUUCAAACUCAACUAUGAAGAACUCCACAGCUCCUCCUGUGGAAACCCUGGUGUCCCUCCUAAAGCUGUGUUAAGUGGCGGCGGCCGCUUCGCUGUGGGAGACCGUGUGCGCUACAGCUGUGUUCCUGGUUAUGUAUUAGACGGCCACGCAACGCUCACCUGCAUCACUAACGCUGGAAACGCUGCUGUGUGGGAUUUCCCCGCUCCAAUCUGUCGAGCUGAGGACACAUGUGGGGGCACUGUGAGGGGCGGCAGUGGGGUGGUGACCAGUCCCGGUUACCCCGGCAACUAUGGUAACCAGGCCGACUGUACUUGGAUCCUAUUGGCCGAACCUGGAGACACCAUCUCUGUCAUCUUUACAGACUUCCAGACAGAGGAGAAGUACGACUACCUGGAGGUGGAGGGAUCCGAGCCGCCUACCAUCUGGUUGUCGGGCAGUAAUGUCCCCUCACCCAUCGUAAGCAACAAGAACUGGCUCCGCCUACAUUUUGUGACCGAUGGCAACCACCGUUACCGUGGUUUCAGUGCACAUUAUCAAGUGAAGCGAUCAGUAGAUUUUAAAUCGCGGGGCGUUAAAUUAUUCCCUGGCAAAGACUCCAGCAACAAGUUUUCAAUCUUAAAUGAAGGAGGAGUCAGACAGGCAUCCAACUCCUGCCCCGACCCAGGAGAGCCAGAGAACGGGAAGCGCCAUGGCAACGACUUCAGCAUUGGCAGUGUGGUUCAGUUCAGCUGUGGAGAGGACUAUGUUCUUCAGGGCAGUAAAACCAUCAGCUGUCAAAGAGUAGCUGAAGUCUUUGCAGCCUGGAGUGACCAUCGACCUGUUUGCAAAGUGAAGACCUGUGGCAGUAAUCUACAAGGACCAUCUGGAACCUUCACUUCUCCUAAUUUUCCAAUUCAAUAUGAAAGCAACGCUCAGUGUGUUUGGAUAAUUACUGCUUCAAAUCCUAAUAAGGUAAUCCAGAUCAACUUUGAAGAAUUUGACCUGGAGAUUGCAUACGACACUCUGACUAUUGGAGAUGGUGGUGAGGUGGGAGAUCCGACAACCAUACUGCAAGUUCUGUCAGGUAGCUUCGUUCCUGACCUGAUCGUCAGUAUGACACACCAGAUGUGGCUUCAUCUCCAGUCAGACGAGAGUGUCGGCUCCAUAGGUUUCAAGAUCAACUAUAAAGAAAUAGACAAAGAGAGCUGUGGUGACCCUGGAACACCUUUGUAUGGAAUACGGGAAGGAGACAGCUUUUCAAAUGGAGGAAUCCUGAGGUUCGAGUGCCAAUUUGGCUUUGAGCUCAUUGGAGAGAAAACCAUAUCCUGCCAAGACAACAACCAGUGGUCAGCAAACAUCCCCAUAUGCAUAUUCCCCUGCAUGUCCAACUUCACAGCUCCCUCAGGGACUGUCCUGUCCCCAGAUUACCCAGAAGGCUACGGGAACAACAUGAACUGUGUGUGGCUCAUCCAGUCUGAUCCAGGGUCCAGAAUCCACUUGGCGUUCAAUGACUUUGACCUGGAGGCGCCUUACGAUGCCCUGACGGUGAAAGAUGGCGAGACUGGUGAUGCAGUGGUCAUUGGGAGGUUCUCUGGAGCUGAGAGUCCUUCCCAUCUGACGUCCAACACCAACACACUGAGGCUAGAGUUUCAGGCGGAUCACUCCAUGUCAGGAAGGGGAUUUAACAUCACAUACAGCACGUUUGGCCAUAAUGAGUGUCCAGAUCCGGGCAUUCCCAUCAAUGCUCGCCGUUUUGGAGACAGUUUCCAGCUCGGCAGCUCCAUCUCUGUGGUGUGUGAGGAUGGAUUUAUAAAAACUCAAGGAAGCGAGACCAUCUCCUGUCAGCUUGAAAGAGGAAAAGUCAUGUGGAGUGGGCCCAUCCCCAAAUGUGAAGCUCCAUGUGGAGGUCAUUAUUCUGCCCCUAGUGGAGUGAUUUUGUCUCCUGGAUGGCCUGGUUACUAUAAAGACUCCCUCAGCUGCGAGUGGGUUAUUGAGUCAGAACCAGGACGGUCCAUCAAAAUCACAUUUGACAGGUUCCAGACAGAGCUGGGUUACGACUUCUUGGAGAUCCACGAUGGGCCCAACCUCUUGUCUCCCCUGGUCGGCUCUUUCAACGGCACUCAGGUGCCACAGUUCCUGUUCAGCAGCAGCAACUUCCUGUAUCUGCUGUUUACCACGGACAACAGCCGAUCAAACGCGGGCUUCAAAAUAUUAUAUGAAAGUGUGACGGUGGACAGCUACUCAUGCCUGGACCCUGGUAUACCUGUCAAUGGGAUUCGAUAUGGACAGGACUUCUCCAUAGGAUCUACGGUGUCAUUUGGUUGUGACUCUGGGUACAGACUGAGCCAUGAAGAACCUCUGGUGUGUGAGAAGAACCACUGGUGGAGCCAUCCUUUACCUACAUGUGAUGCUCUAUGUGGUGGUGAUGUUAGAGGUCCCUGGGGAACCAUCCUUAGUCCGGGUUAUCCAGACAGCUACCCUUCAUCUCUCAACUGUACCUGGACUGUUGAAGUCAGUCACGGCAAAGGAGUCCAGUUUCAGUUCAACUCCUUUCAUCUGGAGGACCAGCAUGAUUACCUCUUGGUCACUGAGAACGGGAGUUUCCUGCAACCACUGGCUCGUCUGACGGGCAAUGAGUUGCCUAGCAACAUCAAUGCUGGUCUCUAUGGCAACUUCAAAGCCCAGCUACGAUUCAUCUCUGACUUUUCUAUUUCAUAUGAAGGCUUCAACAUAACUUUCUCUGAAUAUACCUUGGAGCCUUGUGAAGACCCUGGGAUGCCCCGGUUUGGGAGAAGAAAUGGUUACAGUUUUGGCGUCGGUGACACAUUGUCAUUUUCCUGUAAUAUGGGAUACCGCCUAGAGGGGGCUCCAGAAUUAAUCUGUCUGGGAGGAGGACGGAGAAUGUGGAGCGCUCCGCUACCAAGAUGUGUUGCGGAGUGUGGUUCUUCAGUGAUAAAUAAUGAAGGGAUCCUUCUUUCUCCAAACUAUCCCAUGAACUAUGACAACAACCAUGAGUGCAUCUACAGCAUCCAGGUGCAGGCGGGGAAAGGCAUCAACAUUUCUGCUCGUACCUUUCAUCUUGCCCAGGGGGAUAUACUCAAAGUUUAUGAUGGUAAAGACAACACAGCCCAUGUUCUGGGAGCGUUCACUGGGUCAUCUAUGCUGGGCCUAACGCUGAUUUCAACUUCCAACCAUCUGUGGCUGGAGUUUUACAGUGAUGCAGAAAGUACAGGAGAAGGAUUUAAACUGGUCUAUUCAAGUUUUGAGUUAUCUCAUUGUGAGGAUCCAGGAGUGCCUCAAUUUGGCUUCAAAGUCAAUGACCAAGGCCACUUCUCUGGGAGCAGCAUCACAUACAGAUGUGAGCCUGGAUACACUCUGCAUGGAGCCUCCACUCUGAAGUGUAUGACCGGUGAAAGACGGGCCUGGGACAACCCACUGCCCUCAUGUAUAGCUGAGUGUGGUGGUCGUUUCAAAGGGGAGUCUUCUGGGCGGAUCCUUUCUCCUGGAUACCCGUUUCCCUAUGAUAAUAACCUGCGCUGCACCUGGACCAUCGAGGUGGACUCUGGGAACAUUGUGAGCCUCCAGUUCUUGGCCUUUGACACUGAAGCCAGCCACGACAUGCUGAAGGUGUGGGACGGACCCCCGGAGAACGACAUGUCUUUGGCCGAACUCAGCGGAUCUCUGCUGCCCGAGGGGAUCCACUCCACACUCAACACCGUCACCGUGCAGUUUGAGACCGACUUUUACAUCAGCAAGUCAGGGUUCGCAAUUCAGUUCUCAAGCUCGGUAGCUACCGCCUGCAGGGACCCAGGCGUCCCCAUGAACGGCAGUCGUAGUGGAGAUGGCCGUGAGCCGGGGGAUUCAGUGUCCUUUCAAUGUGACCCUGGAUACGAGCUCCAAGGGGACGACAAAAUCACCUGUAUCCAAGUGGACAACAGAUACUACUGGCAGCCCAGCCCGCCCGUCUGCAUCGCUCCUUGUGGAGGAAACCUGACAGGUUCCAAUGGUUUUAUACUGUCUCCAAACUACCCCCACCCCUACCCUCACUCCAAGGACUGUGAUUGGCUGAUUGCUGUUAACUCUGACUACGUCCUGUCUCUGGCCUUCAUCAGUUUCAACAUCGAGCCAAACUACGACUUCCUGUACAUCUACGAUGGACCGGACAGUAACAGUCCUCUGAUUGGAAGUUUCCAGGACAGUAAACUUCCAGAGCGUAUAGAAAGUAGUUCAAAUACAAUGCAUUUAGCGUUCCGCAGCGAUGGAUCUGUGUCUUACACUGGCUUCCACUUGGAAUACAAAGCCAAGCUGAGGGAGUCCUGCUUCGACCCAGGUGUGGUUCUGAAUGGGACCAGGCUGGGAUCUGAUUAUAAACUUGGCUCUACGGUCACCUUCUAUUGUGAGGCUGGAUAUGUUCUACAGGGUUAUUCUACCCUAACGUGCAGUAUGGGAGAUGAUGGUCGACCUGGAUGGAACAGGGCUUUACCAAGUUGUCAAGCUCCCUGUGGAAGUCGCUCCACUGGAACAGAAGGGACUGUUUUAUCUCCAAACUUCCCCAGAAACUACACUUCUGGACAAACGUGUGUUUAUUCCAUAUCUGUACCCAGAGAGUUUGUUCUGUUUGGUCAGUUCGUGUUAUUCCAGACCUCCCUAAACGAUGUCGUCGAAAUCUAUGAUGGACCCACUCAACAGAACACACUGUUAUCAUCUCUGUCCGGGUCCCACUCUGGUGAGUCCCUUCCUCUGAGUUCAGGAAACCAGGUCACUAUCAAGUUCACCACAGUUGGACCGGAAACUGCCAAAGGAUUCCACUUUGUCUAUCAAGCUGUACCUCGGACCAGCUCCACCCAGUGCAGUUCGGUCCCAGAGCCACGCUUUGGGAAACGUCUGGGUAAUGACUUCGCAGUGGGCUCUUUGGUGCAGUUUGAGUGUAACCCUGGUUAUGUCCUCCAUGGAUCCACCGCUAUCCGCUGUGAGAGUGUACCUGAUAACCUGGCCCAGUGGAAUGACACCCUGCCCACAUGUAUAGUUCCCUGUGGGGGGGUGUUGACUUCUCGUCGGGGGACCAUCCUGUCGCCCGGAUACCCAGAACCCUACGACAACAACCAGAACUGUGUGUGGAAGGUGUCUGUUCCAGAAGGGGCUGGGAUCCAGAUUCAAGUUGUGAGCUUUGCCACUGAACAUAACUGGGACUCUUUAGAUUUCUAUGACGGCGCUGACAACCAUGCACCCAGACUGGGCAGCUACUCUGGCACCACCAUCCCCCCCCUCCUCAACAGUACAUCCAACAACCUCUACCUGAGCUUCAGCUCUGAUAUCAGCGUCUCAGCCGCUGGCUUUCAUCUGGAAUAUACAGCCAUCGGCCUGGAGUCGUGUCCAGAGCCCCAGACGCCCAACUACGGACUGAGACAAGGAGACAGGUUUAUGGUGGGGGAUGUCGUACAGUUCUCAUGUGAACAAGGAUACUCCCUCCAGGGCAAUGCCCACAUCACCUGCAUGCCGGGGCCUGUUCGCAGAUGGAACUACCCUGUACCGCUGUGUCUCGCCCAGUGUGGUCGGUCUAUGACAGAUGUAAGUGGAGUCAUUCUAAGUCCUGGUUACCCUGGCAACUACCCCAGUGGAUUAGACUGCACUUGGACGGUCAACUUACCCGUCGGCUUUGGGAUCCAUCUGCAGUUUCUGAACUUCUCCACUGAAGCGAUCCAUGAUUACUUGGAGAUCCGCAGUGGAUCACUGGAGACGGGCUCUGUGAUCGAUCGCUUCAGCGGUCCUGUCAUCCCCAAAGCUCUCUUCAGCACCACUCACCAGACCAGCUUCUUUUUCCACAGCGACUACUCACAAAACAAACCAGGAUUCCAUAUCACAUACCAAGCGUAUCAGCUCCAGAGUUGCCCAGAUCCACGACCGUUUCGUAAUGGCAACGUGAUCGGCACAGACUUCAGCGUUGGAAUGACGGUGUCUUUUGAGUGUCAGCCUGGAUACUCUCUGAUUGGAGAGACGUCACUCACAUGUUUACAUGGAAUCAGCAGGAACUGGAACCACCCACUUCCACGGUGUGAAGCUCUCUGUGGUGGGAACAUCACAUCACUAAAUGGGACCAUUUACUCUCCGGGUCACCCUGAGGAAUACCCCAACUUCCAGGACUGUGUGUGGAGCGUCCGAGUUCCCCCUGGACAUGGGAUCUAUAUCAACUUUACUGUUCUGAACACGGAGCCCAUCUACGACUACAUUACUGUGUGGGAUGGUCCAGACCAAUCUUCUCCUCAGAUUGGACAGUUCAGUGGGAACACAGCUUUAGAAUCUGUCUACUCAACUUCCAACAUCAUCCUCAUCAAGUUCCACUCAGACUUCUCUGGAGCAGGCUUCUUCGUUUUAAGUUACCAUGCCUACCAAUUAAGGGUGUGCCAGCCUCCUCCUGAAGUGCCAAAUGUUGACAUACUGAUGGAGGAUGGGGAGCUGGAGAUAGGUGACAUCAUCAGGUACCGAUGCCACCCAGGAUUCUCAUUGGUCGGCAGUGAGAUCCUAACCUGUCGCCUUGGGGAACGGCUGCAGAUGGAUGCCCCUCCCCCGACAUGUCAAGUCCAAUGCCCUGCACAUGAUGUGCGAUAUGAUUCUUCAGGCAUCAUCCUGAGUCCUGGGUGGCCUGAGAGCUACCCCAACCUCCAAAUGUGUUCAUGGAGUGUUACAGUGGAGAAAGGAUACAACGUCACCAUCACAUUCGAAAGUUUCCACACGGAGAGAGAGUUUGACGUCUUGGAGAUUUUUGAUGGUCCUACAGCUAACAGUCCGACAUUAGCAACCCUGAGCGGCGACCUGCCCACCCCCUUUAACCUCACAACCUCCGGUCACCAGUUUCUGGUCCGCUGGUCAUCAGACCACGGCACAAACAAGAAAGGCUUCAAAAUUCGCUAUGUUGGUGAGUACCAAACCCUGUACUGCUCCACACCAGACUCCCCCCUCCACGGCUCCAUCUCCUCUCAGAGUGGUGGCCACGUCAACAGCGUUGUGCGAUGGGCCUGCGACCGUGGUUACCGUCUCAUAGGCAACGCAACAGCAACCUGCCGACGGUCGCCCCUUGGCUACCAUGCAUGGGACUCUCCUGUACCUGCAUGUCAAGCCGUCUCCUGCGGCGCUCCGAAGGCUCCGAUAAACGGCGGUGUUUUAACAGCCGACUACUCAGUGGGAACUCGAGUUUCCUAUUUCUGUAACGAUGGUUACAGACUGUCCAGUAAGGAGCUGACGUCAGCCAUCUGCCAGCCUGACGGGACGUGGAGCAACCACAACAAGAUCCCACGAUGCUCAGUGGUGGUCUGUCCCAGUAUAGGCUCAUUCUCUCUGGAACAUGGCCGCUGGAGAAUAGUCAACGGCUCUCACUACGAAUACGGAACUCGUAUUGUUUUCACCUGCGAUCCAGGAUACUACCGAUUAGGACCUGCCCACAUCCAGUGCUUACCCAAUGGGGUUUGGAGCUGGAGAAAUGACAGACCACACUGUCAAGUUAUCUCCUGUGGCGAACUGCCGUCUCCUCCCAGCGGGAAGAAGAUUGGGACUCAGACCACAUUCGGCGCCACGGCCAUCUUUACCUGCGAUGGCGGCUUCAUGCUUGUGGGGUCAGCGGUCAGAGAGUGUCUGUCAUCUGGACUCUGGAGCGGAACAGAGACGCGGUGUUUAGCUGGACACUGUGGAAUUCCAGAAGGCAUUGUGAAUGGCCAGGUUAUUGGAGAGAACUUCGGUUACCGUGACACUGUUGUGUACCAGUGUCUGCCCGGCUUUCGACUAAUAGGCUCCUCAGUUCGGAUCUGUCUCCAAGACAACCAGUGGUCUGGACAGCUGCCCAUCUGUAUACCCAUCAGCUGUGGUCAUCCAGGAAGUCCCAUAUAUGGUCGCACCGUGGGCAACGGCUUCAACCUCAAUGACGUGGUUAGCUUCGUUUGUAAUCGGGGUUAUGAAAUGGAGGGGCCGGCACGUGCUCAGUGUCAGGCCAACCGCCAGUGGAGUCACCCGCCCCCAACGUGUAAAGUGGUCAACUGCUCGGACCCAGGCAUCCCGGCCAACUCCAUCCGCCAGAGUAAAAUAGAGCACGGCAACUUUACGUUCGGCACCGUGGUUUUCUACGACUGUAACCCUGGAUAUUACUUGUUUGGAUCACCUGUGCUCACCUGUCAGCCCACCGGCCAAUGGGACAAACCGCUGCCUGAGUGCAUAGUGGUGGACUGCGGUCAUCCUGGCUCUCCUCCUAACGGUGUGCUGAGUGGAGAUAAGUUUACCUUUGGUUCGACGGUGCGAUACUCCUGUCUGGGUGGAAGACAGCUGAAAGGAGAAUCAUCCAGGACGUGUCAGCUCAAUGGGAUGUGGAGCGCUCCCAUGCCCUUCUGCUCUGGCGACACAGCUGGUUCCUGCGGCGACCCUGGCAUUCCUUCCCACGGUUCAAGGGAACAAACGGAUUUCAGAAUCCGCUCCAAGGUCUACUUCAGCUGCUCAGAGGGCUAUGAUCUGAUUGGCUCGGCAGAGAGGAUGUGCUUUCCUAACGGGACAUGGUCCGGCACACAGCCCUUCUGCAAACCUGUCCAGUGCGGUAACCCUGGAACCCCCAGUAAUGGCAGAGUAUUUCGUUUGGAUGGAACAACAUUUUCUCAUUCUGUCAUCUACUCCUGCAUGGACGGCUACCUGCUCACUGGUGCCACCACCAGGCAGUGUCAGGCUAACGGGACCUGGUCCGGAGCCCAGCCCAACUGCACCAUGAUAAACUGUGGGGACCCAGGUGUUCCAGCCAACGGCCUCCGAUACGGAGAAGACGUCACCAUUGGUCAGAACGUUUCCUUUCAGUGCCAACCAGGAUAUAGGAUGGAGGAAGAUGGCUCGCCUGUGAGGACGUGCACCCAGAAUGGGACCUGGAGCGGGAACAUGCCCAUGUGCACAGCGGUGACCUGUCCGGCGCCCCCUGCCAUCAGUAAUGGUGUACUGCAGGGCAGUGACUUUGAGUGGGGCAGCAGUGUGAGCUACAGCUGUUCUCCUGGAUAUGAACUGUCUUUUCCUGCUGUUCUGUCCUGUGUGGCCAACGGUACCUGGAGCGGAAUGUUACCCCAGUGUUUACCCAAGUUUUGCGGUGACCCCGGGACUCCAGUUGGUGGUUUCAGAGAGGGACGGAGUUUCAUUUAUCAAUCAGAAGUGUCCUUCAGCUGUGCUCCACCUCUCAUCCUGGUUGGCACGGCGACCAGACUUUGUGAAAGCGACGGUACCUGGAGUGGAACACAGCCGCGCUGUAUCGAACCAACCAAGACCAGCUGUGAUAAUCCAGGAACGCCUCGCUACGGCUCCUUAAACCGGACCUAUGGUUUCAAGGUGGGCAGUGUGGUGUCGUUCCAGUGCCAACCGGGUCAUUUGAUACAGGGUUCUUCGUCCAGAACCUGUCAGCCUGAUCUGACGUGGAGUGGAACCCAACCUGAAUGCAUACCUCAUGCCUGUAAACAGCCAGAGAGUCCGCUCCAUGUGGACGUGGUGGGCAUGGAUCUGCCAGGCUUUGGCUACACCUUAGUGUACAGCUGUCAGACUGGAUACUUUUUGGCUGGAGGUUCUGAACACAGAGUGUGUAAGAGCGAUGGCACAUGGACUGGAAAGAUGCCCAUAUGUCGAGCUGGAGAGAAGAAGAAACCUGUGAAACCAGCGACAGGAACUCCAAGUCCAAAACUAAACGUUCCAGAUGAUGUCUUUGCUCCUAACUACAUAUGGAAAGGUUCCUAUAAUUACCGUGGGAGGAAACAGCCUAUGACUCUGAGCAUCACCAGCUUCAACUCCUCAACGGGGAGAGUCAAUGUAACGCUUAGCAACGGCAACAUGGAGCUGCUGUUGUCAGGCGUGUAUAAGGCCUCAGAGGCCAGGCUGUUACUGCUGAUGUACCAGGUCAACUACGUCAACCAGGGAAACCAGCUCAAAGACUCAGCCAUCUCUCCUGCUAAAAUCAUCGAUGAUUCCUGGACCAUGGAUGGAUUUGUAUCAGCAGAACCAGAUGGUUCCAGUUAUGUAUUCCAAGGUUUCAUUCAGGGAAAAGACUAUGGACAGUUUGGACUGCAAAGACUGGGUCUGAACAUGUCAGAGAGUCAGAACUCCCCACCGCCUCAGCUUGGUACCAACAGCAGUUCUGUUGCUAUAGCGAUUCUGGUGCCUUUCUUCGCUCUCAUCUUCACCGGUUUUGGCUUCUAUCUCUACAAACAAAGAACCACACCAAAAACCCAGUACACAGGCUGUUCAGUUCAUGAAAACAACAAUGGCCAAGCUGCCUUUGAGAACCCCAUGUACAACACCAACGCCAAGGCGGUGGAGGGAAAGGCUGUACGAUUCGAUCCAAAUCUAAAUACUGUCUGCACCAUGGUCUAACCAUCGAUUAUUCUCUCUUGAACUUAAUGACUCAGAUACCUAAUGGGACCACAAUUGGUACAAGGCUGCGGAGAAGAAAGGCCUCUGCUUCGACUCCACACUCGUCUGCAGGCGAGUCGAUGCAUUGAUUGGAAAAGGCCUUCAGCUGCAGUUCAAAAACCUGCAAAAAACUCCCACAGCUCAAAGGAAAACCGUCCACUCAACCCAAACUUUGCUUCGUUCCUUCCACUCACAGCGUCUUUGUGGUCCCUAAUGAAAUUUAAUCAUCACAAAACUCACAUAAAGACACGGCAACAAGUUUGACCAGAGGAUGCAGCUGGGCUGAAUGCCUUCGAUGUGGAGACUCAGCGGGUCGAGUCGCCUCCAGAACCACAUCCUCACGCUUUGACCUCAUAUAGAACUCACUGUCUGUAAUCCCACCACCACCACACAUAAUCAGGUCAUGAUCUGCUACGUGGAUGUCAUGACAUGUCACCGUGACCUGAAAGCCAGAUUUGUGCAUUUGGCUCAGAGUCGAAGCCCCAGUCCUUAUUUUUGUGACCGUUAGUCCUUUGUGGGCUGGAGUGAAGGAGAGCACAUUAUCACUGCUCUGCCACGGUUCUACAUCACACAGAUAAACUGCACUGCAGAAUGGGGCUGAUUUCAGUUGGACCGUGUUGUCUCCUGACUGUACUGAGCAAACAGCUGCUGUGACGAACAUGAAGCAGAGUAGUGGAUUUAAGGAGAAACAGGAAGUCCAAAAAGACACUGUGAAGAAAAGAACACUGUAUUUAGUUGGACACUGACAGUGAGACGCUGUCACCAGCAGAUUAUCAGGACAGAAGCACUGACCACAGCCUAUGUUUAAGUAACAAGACGGACAGUGUCCCGUCUCCAUGACAACGAAGAGGCUGGUGUAACCAGUCUGGUCUUUUUCUAUUGAAAUUGAAUCUAAGAUGGCUAAUGCUAGUAGACAGAAGUAAGAUUUGUCUGCAAAAAGAGGCAAACUCUGGAGCAAAGGGAAAGAGGAGGUGUGAAGACGGAGCUGUGUUUGAAACAGAAGUGGGAUCAGAGCAAAGGAAGAGUAG